AUGGAGGAAAACGAGGCGAACUUAACGGAGUACGAACUCGAGCGGAAACGAAAGAUCGCGCGCAACCAAGCGCUCAUCGCGCAACUCGAUCUGAAAUCGCUCGCGAGCAAAGUCGCGCCUCCGGAAAAGCCGAAGAGAGUUAUCGAUGCCACGGGUAACGGCGAGAAUGCGAAUAAGAGAGGGCCGAAAGGCGCGCACGCGAGGAAACGGAUGAAACCGCAGAGGUUUUCCAGUCGAGCGGAUAAAUUGAAAAAGCAGCAACGACUGACGAGUUGGAAAGGGCAACGAAUCGGGAGUUUGAGAGCGCGGUUACUCGACGGGAGAGUCGGGGCGAACACGAACGUGGUGACGACUGAAGUCAUCGCGCUCGGGAGGUUAGAUGCGAAAGAGAAAGAAAGCGAUACUGUUGCUGUGGAGGAUGGAGGAGGAGAAAAUGGGACUCCGCGCGCGUCGUCGACGCCGACGGCGGCGAAAAACGACGGCGGGGCGCACAAGGAGUCCAUGCAAACGUCGGAUUUUCUCGCGAUUAAGUAUAACAUGUCCAUGGGGAAGAGUCACCUUAAAAAUGUGCCGCAGCAAAAAAAGAGAGGACGACCGCGAUUAGACGAGAUGGAGUGGGGAGUUGAACAGAAACCACCGGCGUACGUGAUGGCGGAGAACGCUUUGAUUCCUCGAAGGUAUUUAGCCGAAGGCGAGUAUUUUGACGAACCGUACUCCGCGUGGGUGGAUGAACAUCAAAAGCAUCACUUGAUUUGGGGAAAAGACGAUGCGAGUAAAUCUCAAAAGAGCGUGCAAACGGUCGAAGAAGGCGUGGAUACGCCGAGUGAAGCUGCGGUUCUUAUUUUGGAGGAACUGCAACGGCGCGAAUUUGAAAAGUGGGAAUCGGAACGCGAGGAAAAUUUGAAAACAGCCAUCGCUCAAAAAAUCGCCGUGAGGGAAGACAUGUUAACGGAAGCGUAUUAUCCGUACGGACGAGACGCGUUACCGUCUCGUUAUAAAAACAUGAAACCAAUCAACUGGUAUCAGCAGCAGCAGCAACAACAACAAAGGAACGCUAGUCAAAUGAACACGAAGAAAAUAUCGGCGAUUUUCGCAGACCCGACUUCCGAGGAAGCGAGAAAAAUGCGAUUAAGGCAAGAGCUUGAAAAGUCUGAAACGACGACCAAAAUUAAUCCCUCGGCGCGUGACUACAGUGAUGUUUUGCAGUGUUCGACGUGUAGUAAAUCGUACAAAGACACACCAAAAAUGCGCGCAGGACAAUUUGAGGGCAUGGAUCAUCUGUGCACGGCGUGCGGAUUGUUUUACGCGACGUUUGGAAGAAAGCGACCGAUGGAGAUGAAAGAGUUUGAGGAGUUGCCAAUCAAUGUUCAAAAAGAAAAGCACGCCGCGUUCGUAAAGCUAGAGGAAGAGGCUCGACUGAAAGCUAUAGAAAAAAGUAAGCAAGAGGCGGCAGAAAACGCGCCGCCACCAGAGUCGGCUACGGCCGCGGCGCCGGCGUCGGCGAACGAAGACGCGAAACCAAAGUUAGUGUUCACGAUGAAAUCCCCUUCAGCAGGAGGAGAAGGAGAAAAUGCACGCACACAGCCUUUAUCCAGUGAUACCGGUAACAUCAAUAGCAUUAGCACGAAUGGAAUCGCUGAAGGAAUUCAGAAGAAAGAAGUCAAAGCUGAGUUGGGGGAGACGACGAAAGUAGCAGAAGGAGACGCCCCAAAAGUCGUCGUCGGUGGCGAAGAGCAACGCCAGCCUCAACAACAACGUAUCAACGAAACUACUGACGUCAAAGAUACCGCCACUGCGGUCACAGAAGCCACAAAGCCGUCGCUGAAAAUAGUCAUGCAUCGCUCGCACGCUGCGCCUGAUGGCACCAAGGAAGGUGGGGAAAAAGAAGGUGGCGGAGGAGAAGAUUCAGGCGCGACUGCGGUUGAAGUUAAGCGAGAAGCAGAUGGAAAAGUAGAGGAAACGAAGACGCAAGAAGUGAAGACAACUGUCGUGACGGGCAAUUGGAUUUCUGCCAAGUUCAUUGGUUUAAAUCACUGCAGAAGAUUGGAAUUUGCCGAGCACGUUCAAAAAGCGAUUCCUAAAAUGGGCGAAAUGACGAAACUUCUCACGUUGGUCGGCGCUGGAUUGAUGACGAAAGAUAUGGUCGAGGAAGGAGUCCUCCCAGAUAAAGACGCAAUCUCUCAAAUGCAACCGUGGAUUGCGCAGUUGAACCCGACGAAGCUUCCAGCGCGAUAUUUAGUAAACGCGAAGUUUCAGAUACUACCACCGGCGUGGUCGAAUCCAGAUGUCGGUUCCGAUGCUUUAAUGUUUGCGGCGAACAUUGUACACACGACGCCACUCAUGAUCAAUCCGACAAAGUUGAGAAAGUACGAGCCGAAAGAUAUCGAUGGUGAUAUGCUAUUCGGAUACGGUCAGUAUCACGUGCAAGAUUCGUUGAUAGCCUUUCGCGACCGCGAUGAAGAAUGGCAAACUCCCGUUCCCGCUUCGAACGAAAAUAAUAACGAAAUGGAUGAAGACGUACAAGACGAGUUGGAUGCUAUGCGAGACUACAAGGAAACCUUAGAGCGCGAAUCGCUCUACGAAGAAGAGUGCGAUCGGACGUUAUACAUUCAAGGUGUCAACAAAGCAAUUUCUUCAAUUCAAAAGGUCAGAUUAAAAGAGUCGCGCGAUACCGAACGCAUAAAAGAGCGGAAUAGACGCGCGAAAGAGCAAGAAAGCGAGAAAAAACGUUUACGAAUGCAGAUGGCGUUGCAACCAGUCCGGUUCAUGACGCCGAGAGAACGCGAGAAGUAUUUGCACGAAAAGCAGCGCAAAAUAGAUGCAAAGAACGGGAAGAUACCUUCUGAUGAGUCGGGUAAACCGUUAUUAAAGGUUACGAUGAAGAAUCCGGCGGCGAGGCCGGUGAAAGGACGCGCAUACACGCCGAAGGAAAUUCCUAUCAUUUGUGGUAAAUUAACCGGGGUGCUAUUGACGAAUGGUCGACCGCGCGUUGAUUUGAAGUGUAGAAUCGAUUGUUCCGGCGAGCAAGUUGGGGUUACGGAAUUCGAAAGGAAAGGAGGCUCAAAGAGUAAGAAGUGGAAGAACUCGAUAAAAAUGAGACUUGACGAUGAGAUUGAUGAUUCAACCGGGAUCACGCUUGGUCAUCACCUGAUUAAUUCUGGGAAGGAGUUAGACAACAACGGAGAGAUCAUAAAUAAGAAAGUUGCCGUAUAUCGGUCCUCCGACGAUGGAUUUCACAUUGGAACCAUCACGAAAUUCCUCGAGAGCUCUGGCGAACAUCGCGUCGAGUACGAGAACGGGAAGCCCGAGGAGUUGUAUCUAUUCUUGAUGGAUUUGAAAUGGGAACCGGAAGUUCUCGAUGAAGAAGCAAACGCAGCGGAAGAGGCAAAAGAGCAAGCAAAGUUAAAAGAGGAAGAAGACGAGAAGAAGAAGGAGGAGGAGGAGGAGGAGCAGAAGAAAAAAGAAGAGGAGAAAAAGGAGGAAGAAGAAGAAGAAGAAGAAGAAGAAGAAGAAGAAGAAGAAGAAGAAGAGGAAGAUUUUGAAAACUUGUCGGACUUGGAGCUGGUUCAGAAAAUCGGAAAGCCAGCCGGUGCGCCUGGAAUAUCUGGAGCAAAGUAUCCCAUUUCGAUCGGUCCGUUCGAAGUGUACACCAUUGAUGAUAUCGGCGUGAGCAAACAUAAUCCAAUGCGCAUGUCAGAGCGAAGAAAAUGCCUCGAGAUUCUAAAAAUCGUCCGCGGCGCCGAAGGGAAGGGGAAAGGCGGCGCAAACGCUUCAAAGCGCUUCCUCACAGAAAUGUUUGAGCACCUUCCCCAGAAGUCACACCUUCCAGAAUAUUAUAAAAUUAUUAGGUACCCAAUUGACAUAGCCACGAUCGAAUUCUCAUUGAAGUCGGGAGUGUACGCCUCGCCGUGGUGGUUCUUCGUUGCCUUGGAGCUCGCGUUUGCAAACGCGCAGAGAUACAACGAUCCCGCGACUCAAAUGUACGCGGACGCAGCGGCGUUGAGAGAAUGCAUGCAUCGUGCUGGAAAAGAACUUUUCGGAUCAGAUGUUCCGUUCCCUACAGCCGGUGGAGAUAUCUAUGACGACGUCGAAGAACCGAGAGAGUACAGAGAGACUCGCAUAGUUCCUUACGAAAUCAACGACGAGGAAAAUCCGUUUGCGGGAGACGAUGUUGUCUAUCGUGAUCAUCGAGAGAUUAUAUCCGAUACGUCAGGGUUAUAUCAUCCGCCAGCACAAAUUUCUCCAAAAGUCAUUCGCGAAGAAAUCGAGCGUGAAAAAGCUGCCAUCGAAGAAUACGGUUACGAAGCCGCGCAUGAGCAAGAGAACGAGCAACCUGCAGGCGGUGGCGUAAGAGGUCGGACGAAAAUCAGGUACGAGAACAAACCGAUGGAAAUUCCAUCUUUGAAGAUCGGUAAAUACAAAAAGCGGCGCAGAUCGAAGGGGGAUACCAACGAUGCAUCUUCUGAAGAGGAAGAGUAUGACUCUGCUGCUUCCGAUUCUGAUUUCACGGGUAGGAAGAAGAAAUCGAUCGGUAACGCUACUACGGCUGGAGGUAAAAAGCGUGGUCGUCCUUUUGGAACGAGGAAAAACGGCACAAAUGAUACUACGAUCGUCGCAAUCAGUCUGUUAGAGAGAUACUCUCAACUUGGAACAAACGAUUUUAUGGAAAAGAUUGAAGCAAGAGGAGGUGGCUCUGGUAAAGAAUGGGCGCGAGGCGGUCGAAAAACGGCGGCGUUCACUGCGUACAUGCGCAACAAAUCGGAUAUUUUCACGGAAGUCACCAGCGCCGGAGGCGGUAUUUGGACUUUAGCGAAAGGAAUUUCCGCGGAUAAAGCGAGAGAAAAACUUGAACCGCGCCAUCUACCGAGCCGUGCGGCGAGAAGACAACGUUCCUCAGGCGCCGAAGGUGACGACGAUGACGACGACGAUUACGACGAAGAGGAGGAAGAAGACUACGGCAGAGAAGCCAAAGUUUCGAAGAAUGCCACCAUCGCGCACACAAACGCAGAUGGAGGAAGUGCAUGGGAAUGGAAGAAUACCGAUGGUACAAUGACGCAGAAAGCAACAACCGCGUGCCAUUCAGUUCUUCGGGCGAUUCGCUCCGCUGUCGAACCGGAAACCAAGCGUCUUCGAAGUGAACUCUUCGAACUCCUUCCUACGCCAAAAGUCCUUCCAGAAUACUACAAAGCGAUUGCCAAUCCCAUCGAUUUGCGAAGCAUAACGAAAUGUUUGAGAGAAAAUGGUUACCCGACCAUCUGGUCAUUUCUUCUCGCUAUCGAACUGUGCUUCUCGAACGCUCAAAGCUUCAACGAAGAAGAUUCACAAAUUUACGAAGACGCCGAAGAGAUGCGUAAAGUCGGGAACGACGCGCUGAGACAACUCGUGCCUGGCCAUCCCGUUCCGGUCAGAGAUUCGUGUUACGACAUGGCCAGUGCAAUUGAGCCACCGUGGGAGAAUGUCAAACCAAAAUUGACGUUUACCAUGAAGCAAAAAGACCAAGACGUCGCCAAAGCUCUCCACGCGCUCCAACCAAGUGGAAAAUGCGGAAAGUGUUCCGUUUGCGCGAUUAAAAAAUCGCCCUCCAAAAGUAAAGGAGCCGCCGCCGCCGCCGCCGAAAAGUGCAUCACGAACCGAAUGCUUCAAGUCGCGCACGACACCAAUUUAGACCUAGCGCUCCUCGCCGCGAAAGGCCAGAACGCCGUCGGCGUCAAGCUCGAAAUCUUCUGGCCUGGAGAAGACACGUGGUACUCCGCCGUUAUCAAAAGCUUCGACGAAUCGACGUGCGAACACGUUUGCGAGUACGUCGACGACGACGUCGAGGAAAAGCUCGCCUUGUGGGAUGAUUCCAACUGGGAAGAAGGAACGAAACUUAGAAUUCCAUAA